AUGACGUACGUGCAGCUAAGGCCACCCCCCCCCCCCCCCGUGCUGAGAUUACUACUCACGGACCUCCUAGGGCGACGGAGUGUGCUGUUGGCCCUGGCCACCGCCAGCGCCUCCACGACCACCACCACUGCCACCACCUCCUCGACCACCCCAACCCUUGCCGUCGCCGCGCCCAUCGCCACCCCCACUACCUCCUCCGCCCCGGCCACCUCCCCCGCCGCUGCCGCCACCCCCCCCCACCGCUGCCACCUGCCCCUCCAGUCGCGCCACCACCCCCACCACCACCACCUCCCCCACCACCGCCUCCCCCGCUGUCACCGCCACCGCCCUUGCCCCCUUUGCCCUUGCCGCUGCGGCGCCCGCUCGAAGCAGACGCAGUCCCGACCUUCUCAGUACCAAGGAGGUCGACAGCAGCAGCAGAGGCGACAGAGGGAAGAAGGGGGGAAGGAGAACACCCCUCAAAGAACGGGAGAGUUGCGAAUAGCGAAACGAGCGUGGGCGUCACGAGUCUGCCACUGUGAGCGGGCAGUGCUGUCUGCAGUAGCAGCAGGAGCAGUAGCGUGGCCUAGGGCGUGA